UCUUCCUCUAGCUCUUCACCCUCUCCUCCUCCGCUGCAGCACAACUUCUUCGCACCACCCUUCUACGGCCGACCGCCAACUCCACUCCCUCCCUCCCCAUCCCUGACCUCUCUCCUUCGACCCUCUCGGCCUACAACCCCAGACAGCUCUGCCGAUGAGCUCGAACCUGUCCCUCGUGCGUCGCCGAAGGUUCCGACCUACGAAUACUAUGGCUUCGUGCUGUACCUUUUCUCAUCGCUCACAUUCUUGAUGUACCUUCUCUGGUCGUACCUCCCCUCACCGUUUCUACACGCCCUAGGAAUAUACUACUAUCCAAAUCGAUGGUGGAGCUUGGCGGUUCCGAGUUUCCUGGUCAUGCUGUUGGUAUACAUCUACGUUGCAUUGGCGAGCUACAACACGGGCUAUUUGACACUUCAGUUAAACAAUAUCGAGACAAUUAUUGAUGAUGCGGCGAACGUGGCUACGAUAGAUGGAAAGGGAAAGCUUCAACAUAGUCACGGCAUAAACAAAGGGAGGGAGAAAGAUAGACGAGAACGGCCGGAGAGAGAAAAGACACUGAAGGAUUGGAAGGCGCUUUGGAGUCAUGGGACGGACGCUGUGAUGGAUGUGCCAUUGGGUGGAGUUUGUGAGGUUUUAUAUGGCGAAUUCAGACAGGUAGAGGAG